GGCGAGGCCGUUUGGAAUUUUUAGCGCGAGCGCGGAGCGUUGGGUUUCCUUCUCGGAAGCUUGGCGCGCUCCUCAGAGGAGGAGGAAGAGGAGGUGGUGGGGGCUGAGGAGAAAAAAAACAACAACAACCCGGGAUUGCUGAGUCUGGGAACUCACGGAGAAUCCGAAAUUUUCUUCUUUCGCGAUUCCGAGGGGAUUGGGACGGAGGAAGAGUUUAAGAGAGACAUGCCGGUAGCUCUUGACUGUUCAGGUGCUGAGUCUCAAUUGAGCCAUAUUCCUCUGCCAGUGCCCGCCUUCUUCAAGGAAGCAGAAUGCAGUUUUUCCAUCAAAAAGACCCGCCAGCCACUCAGCUAUACCCUUCCUCCACGGCCACGCCACAAGAAUACAUUAACUGUGAGCCGAAUUUUCUCUGACCGCCGUGUGCAGCCUUGGACCAAGCUCCAGCCACGUAGUGUUUCCUUCCAUGGCUUGCACAAGCAGGAAUCGCCUCUACAUAGUAAUCUGUAUGAUGCCUCUAAAAGAGAGUUGUUUUUCAGGCAAUGUUUUCAGAAACUCAGUUGUUUGGGACGGGGAUCUUUUGGGGAAGUAUAUAAGGUACGGUCUCGUGAAGAUGGUCAGUUGUAUGCAGUAAAGCGUUCUGUGGAGCCUUUCCGGGGUGAGGGUGACAGGCAGCGCAAAUUGGCUGAAGUGCGCAAGCAUGAGCAUGUGGGGCACCAUCCCAAUUGUGUGAGCUUUGUACAGGCUUGGGAGGAGCGUGGUCAACUCUACAUCCAGACAGAGUUAUGCCCGGGCACCCUGUUGCAGUACUGUGAGGAACAUGGCCCUCUGUCCGAAUGGCAAGUUCAGACCUUUCUAUGGGAUAUGCUUCAAGGACUGUGCCAUUUACAUGGUCGUAACCUUCUACACAUGGAUAUCAAGCCAGCUAACAUCUUUCUAUCAUCUACCAAUGUCUGCAAGUUGGGUGACUUUGGGCUAAUGCUGGAGUUGGACUCUGGGGAUCUGAAAGAUGCUCAAGAAGGGGAUCCACGCUACAUGGCCCCGGAACUGCUCCGUGGAGAAUAUACCAAGGCUGCUGAUGUCUUCAGUCUUGGCAUAACUAUUCUGGAAAUUGCCUGUAAUAUGGAGCUCCCCAAUGGAGGUCAAGGCUGGCAGCAACUUCGACAGGGUUAUUUGCCCCCUGAAUUCACUGCAGGUCUCUCGGUUGAGCUGCAAAAACUUCUAGUUGCCAUGUUGGAACCCAAUCAUCUUCUCCGGCCCUCAGUGGAGAUGUUGCUUAAUUCUAGUCUCAUGCAGAAAACAGAGAGGUGGCGAAAACUCGUGUUGUUAGCGCACUCUGGGAUCCAGCAGGGUAUCUCUAUGUACAAGACUCUCCUCAGGUUCAUGCAAUGGCUUUGGGGAGCUCUGUGCGGUCCAGCUCAGUGGUUGCUCUUUUGGCAUAAGACUGUUCCAGUCACACCACCACAUUCACCCUUUCUUCUUCCCCUGGAAAACAGCAAUCUCUCUAGUGACUGGGGUGAAGAAGAAGAGGGUGAUAAAGAGAGCGUUGGCGAGGAUGUACUUGAGCUUUCAGAGAUAAGUAAACGACAUAAUCACACUUGCCCUGUGGAGCUGCAGUCCUUGGAUAGACCACCUGGUUCCCCUCUGCUUACCAUAUGCCCAUGUGCAGGAAGCACCUCCACGCCACGGCAUCCCUCACCCCAACAGACUGGUUGCAGGAAAAACAGGUCUUUUACAUUCCAGGGAAGUCCCAACCUUAGUUGCAUUAGUUUGAAGUCCCCAUGCAACAGCCCCACUUCAUCAAACAUGUUACCUGCAAAUACAUUACAGCACACACCAACAUAUGAUGAAACAGAAGAUGAAUGGGAAUCGGUUUUACCUCAGUGCUCCACUUUUGAGCCAAAAAAUUUGCUAAGCUUAUUUGAGGAUUAUCUGGAAACUAAACAAAAAUGUCAGAGCUGAUGGGGGAACUAUAUUUAUUUGCUGGCUUGCUUAGCGCCCCCCCUUUUUUUUUGGAACUUUUUUUUUAAAAGCAUACAAGCAUAUUUUUUAAAAAAAAAUAUGCUCAGGUACCAAGUUCAGACUAGCAAAGGAAAGGCAAAUUUUUACAGAUGCUUUGCUGUGUGUAUAUUUUAUCUACUUGAAUUAUAUAUGACUGUUUUUCAAUAUAAGAAUAUUAUUUUGCUGGCUAUCAGAAAGCAUUUUAUAAUCUGUCACCACUUAAUGGAAAAGACAUUCUACUUUCAUACAAAUUUGAGAAUUGAAUACCUUCUGUAUGAAUUUCUUUUUUAAGCUUUGUCCUUUUCUGUUUGUGUCUCAAAGAUUUUUUCUUAUUUGUGGAAUUGGACUUAAAUCUUUCAUUCUGGGGAUUUACAAAUGUAGCUGUAAGUCGUGAUAUUAAAAACAUUCAGAAUUUCCA